AUGAGUAACACGGACUUCUUGGGGCGAGCGAUCGAUACGGUGAAGAAGGCGAUCGAGAAUGACAACGAUGGCGAGUACGAGAAGGCUUAUCAGAUGUACUACUCCGCACUGGAGUUGUUCAUGCUGGCCUUGAAAUGGGAGAAGAACCCGAAAUCGAAGGAGAUGAUCCGCUCCAAGGCCGGCGAAUAUAUGGAUCGCGCGGAGAAGCUUAAGAAUCACCUCGCUGAGGAUCGGAAGAAACCUAGUGCGGUGGGCGCAAAUGGAAAGGUGGCGCAAGGCAGUGGGAAGGGAGGGAAGGAAGAUGACGAUAACGGCGAAGAUGCGGACGCGAAGAAGCUUCGUUCGGCACUUCAAGGAGCUAUCCUGUCGGACAAGCCAAACGUGAAGUGGGAGGAUGUUGCUGGCCUGGAACAAGCAAAAGAAGCAUUGAAAGAGGCAGUCAUUCUCCCCAUCAAGUUCCCGCACUUGUUCACUGGCAAGCGCCAGCCCUGGAAGGGUAUCUUGCUUUACGGUCCCCCCGGUACAGGAAAGUCAUACCUUGCCAAAGCAGUGGCAACGGAAGCAAACAGCACAUUCUUCAGUGUCAGCAGUAGUGACCUGGUCUCGAAAUGGAUGGGUGAGAGUGAAAGACUUGUCAAGCAACUGUUCAAUAUGGCACGGGAAAACAAGCCCGCGAUUAUCUUCAUUGACGAGGUUGAUGCACUGUGCGGACCCCGUGGCGAAGGAGAGUCCGAGGCUUCGCGGCGUAUCAAAACCGAAUUACUUGUACAGAUGGAUGGUGUCGGCAAAGAUUCCAAGGGCGUCCUGAUUCUAGGCGCAACCAAUAUUCCCUGGCAAUUGGAUGCUGCCAUCCGGCGACGAUUCCAGCGAAGAGUACACAUCAGUCUGCCCGACAUUAAUGCACGGGCAAAGAUGUUCAUGCUCGCCGUGGGCUCAACACCGUGUCAAAUGACCCAGGCCGACUACCGUCAAUUGGCCGAGUUGAGCGAGGGUUACUCCGGCAGUGAUAUCUCUAUUUGCGUGCAGGAUGCUCUGAUGCAGCCCAUCCGCAAGAUCCAAGGAGCAACACAUUAUAAGAAGGUCCUCGUCGAGGGCGCAGAGAAACUAACCCCAUGUUCACCAGGCGACGCGGGCGCAAUGGAAAUGAGCUGGCUUGACAUUGAAGCAGAUCAGCUUCUCGAACCACCUCUUCUUCUCAAGGACUUCAUCAAGGCAGUCAAGAACUCACGGCCAACCGUCAGCGGAGAGGAUCUGACGAGGAACGCCGAAUGGACCCAAGAAUUCGGCAGCGAAGGCGCAUGA